AUGGGGUUGGUACCUGUAAAAGAGACUCCAAUACUUAAGUUAGCUUUUGUGGGUGUAUGGCUUAUCUUAUCUGUUGGAGAGAUGGGCCGACCUUCCAAGUUGGCAUGGUCCGAGCCCAUCGUCGCCAGGGUGGGCCCUAGUGCCGAUGUGGGCAGUUCACUAGUCCCCCAAGUUCCAAAUGCUUUUAGCCGAGGAGUUAGUGCCGAUGUUUCUCAAUAUCUGCGUAGCAAAAAUUGGGAUACAAGAGUAGUAGCUGCUCAUGCAAUUGGGUCAAUUGCUGAGAAUGUUAAGCACAUAAGUUUGACUGAACAUUUUGCUUCUGUUGUUUCAAAAAUUUCUGAGAAUGGGAUAUCUUUUAGCAUUGAGGAUCUGUGUUCAUGGCCUUAUUUACAACCAAAAAUUACAGGAAGCUCGUUUAGAAGCUUUGAUAUGAACAAGGUAUUUGAAUUUGGAGCAUUAUUAGCAUCAGGAGGACAGGAAUAUGAUAUUGGAAAUGAUAAUAUAAAAAACCCAAAGGAGCGAUUGGUUCGUCAGAAGCAAAAUCUUCAACGUCGUUUAGGCUUGGAUGUCUGUGAACAAUUUAUGGAUAUCAGUGAUGUAAUAAGAGAUGAAGAUCUUAUGGCAUCAAAAUCAGACUCACAUCUGAAUGGAAUAGAUCGUAGAGUUUUUACAUCUUGUUCUGUACAUAACAUCCAGAAAAUGGUUGCAAACAUGGUUCCUUGUGUCAAAUCAAAGUGGCCAAGUGCAAGAGAACUGAAUCUUUUAAAGCGAAAAGCAAAAAUAAACUCUAAAGACCAAACAAAAACCUGGUGUGAAGAUGGAAGUACAGAGGCAUCAGGUGCUCAAAAUUUGACUCCAAAAGGCACAUCUCCUGAUCCAGUAAAUUUCAGUAAGGCAUUCAUGGAUGUUAAUCAUGACGAAGAUGGCUUUGAGCAUGAUGGGGAUAGACAAUGGCCUUUCCACGCUUUUGUUGAGCAACUUAUUAUUGAUAUGUUCGAUCCUGUUUGGGAGAUACGACAUGGCAGCGUGAUGGCAUUGAGAGAGAUAUUAACUCAUCAAGGUGCUUCUGCUGGUAUAUUUAAACAUGACUCACGCAUGUCUGGGACCUUGUUUAUUGAAUUAGAAGACAAAAGUAUACCAAAUAUAUUGAAGAGAGAGAGGGACAUUGAUUUAAAUAUGCAAGUUUCAGCAGAUGAAUUUGUUUUAAACUUGAAGAGGCCCAAACUUGAAGAUGUAUCAUCAUCGACCUCUAUUGAUAGUGUGAUGACUUGCAUAUAAAUCCUUUGCAUAUAAAAACCGGAA